CGUACUGGGAUGAAUUUGCUUAUUUGAAAAAUGCGCUCUCCCAGCUGGAUUUUUCUCUAACCUGUUAUCUCUCUCCAUGUCCUGAUUCUUUCACCAGAAUUUUAAAUUCAAUGCCUAGGACGGUGUAAAGGCCCCCUAGUCUCUUUUUGAGGCAGAUCAGGUAAAGAUGAGCUUGUACAGUGCGAGCGGAGGAUGUGAGCGCUCGAGAGAUCGCCGGCGUUCCAGUGACCGUUCACGUGACUCCUCUCAUGAAAGAACUGAAGGCCAGCUCACCCCCUGCAUCCGCAAUGUUACCUCACCCACACGACAACACACUAGUGAUCGAGAUAGUGGCUCAUCUCGGCCUAACAGCCCCAGGCCUCAGAGAGUCUCUCCCAGUGGCUCCAGCAGUCGCAACAGUAGCCUGUCAAGCUCGGAGAGCACUUUCAAGAGCAUAGGCACAGGGGAGAUGGUGUUCGUCUAUGAAAACGCUAAGGAGGGAGCCCGCACCCACCGGACCUCAGAGAGGGUCACACUCAUCGUGGACAACACACGCUUUGUGGUGGACCCAUCUAUUUUUACCGCUCAGCCCAACACCAUGCUGGGCAGAAUGUUUGGUUCAGGAAGAGAACACAAUUUCACACGGCCUAAUGAGAAAGGCGAGUACAAUGUGGCAGAGGGCAUUAGUUCUACUGUGUUCAGGGCAAUUCUGGAUUACUACAAGACAGGAAUAAUCCGCUGCCCUGAUGGAAUCUCCAUUCCAGAACUGAGGGAAGCAUGUGACUAUCUGUGCAUCUCUUUUGACUACAGCACAAUCAAGUGCAGGGACUUAAGCGCCUUGAUGCACGAGCUGUCAAAUGAUGGUGCACGACAACAGUUUGAGUUCUACCUGGAAGAAAUGGUGUUGCCUCUGAUGGUGGCCAGCGCUCAGAGUGGAGAGAGGGAGUGCCACAUUGUUGUUCUCACCGAUGACGAUGUGGUGGACUGGGACGAGGAGUAUCCACCCCAGAUGGGAGAGGAGUAUUCACAGAUCAUAUACAGUACAAAACUCUACCGAUUCUUCAAAUAUAUUGAAAACAGAGAUGUUGCCAAAUCAGUUUUGAAGGAAAGGGGACUGAAGAAAAUAAGAUUAGGCAUUGAAGGCUAUCCCACCUACAAAGAGAAGGUCAAGAAGCGGCCAGGUGGCAGACCUGAGGUCAUCUACAACUACGUCCAAAGGCCCUUUAUUCGAAUGUCCUGGGAGAAGGAAGAGGGCAAGAGCCGGCACGUGGACUUCCAGUGCGUUAAGAGCAAAUCCAUCACUAACUUGGCAGCAGCUGCCGCCGACAUUCCACAGGACCAGCUGGUUGCGCUGCACCCCGGGCCUCAGGUGGACGAGCUGGACAUUCUACCCAAUCAUCCUGCACCAGGACACCACUACAGCAACAACUACAACGAGCCUGACGCUGAAGCUGCCUCGCCUGCACUCUGAAUGCAUACUCUGCCUGUCCUCCUCUUCUCUGUUCUUCCUCUCCUCUCCCAAAGCAUGCUGCAGCAUGGCGCGAGAGUAACACCGUAAACCAGGUUGCCUUCUGCUCUUCCUUCCUCAGCCUUAGAGCCUCAACAAGAUAGUCUGUUGUACAACAAAAAUCCCAAAAAACACCCUAAUGGGACUCGGGAUACUGGCAUGGGCAGUGCUCUUUUAUUUUUGGUUUUUGUUUGUUUGUUGUUUUUUUCACUUGACCAAAGGAAUUUUUUUUAUUGUUUAUUAACUGUUUCAGGUGACCUCAUUUAUUUUGUGAUUGGGCCUAUAUUAUCGUUAUUGAUUAAUAUUAUUAUUGGUAAUUUUUUAUUAUUUUCUUUAUAUUAUUAUUAUUAUUAUUAAUGAUUUAUUAGAUUUUAUCUCAUUUGAGAAGUAUGGGAUGUAUCCUGGGUGGUACCACUGUGUUACUUUUAUUAAUAUAUUGGAAAGCUCUUCCUCAGUCCCAAUUCCUCCUUAAAGCUCCUUUGCAUCGCAGAGCCAAAGGAGUGGUGUCUGUUUGCCUGGUGAAUGAAUGCAGUGUUACAUUUAUGUGGUCAGAAUUCCACUGUUCAGAGCUUGAGAGUCAUUGUGUAAAUAAAGUUGUUGAACACAUGAUUGUGUGGUUAAAACACAUGCGGUUCGCUUUCGUUGUUCUGAGAUGUUCUGUUGAUGUUGCACAAUGAAAGCCGAUACUUCCAAUGCAUACCACGAGCCAAAAUAAACAUUACAUCAACUGCUUUUCAUAGCAAAGGCUGUGGCCUUUUUUAUUUGGAUCAGCUGCCUGUCAGCAUGCGCUUAUUUAUUGUUGGUGAAAAUAUAUGACUCAUUAUAGAUGUGCAGCGGUUGGCCGUAACAAGAACGCUCCCUGGAAAGAAAGUGUGCAUUUAAAGUGACAAUAUUAAAUCAAUUGUAAACAUUGCUGCACAUGACUUGAUGAUGAACAGCAUGGAUCAGCUAGAGCUGGGAACACUAGAGGACACACUAGAGCUGGGAAUAUUUGUGUUGCGAAUAAAAGAUGUCUUCUUUUUAAA